AUAGAAAGCGUAAAUAUCCUACUACAGAAGAAAAACAACACACAACUAGACCUGCUGUUAAAAAAAAUAAAUCACAAAAAAAUUCCGAAACAGACUUGGAUGAAAUAGAAAGAAACUUAGCAAUUCGUGAAAAACAACUUGAAUUAGAAGAGCGUGAAGCAGAAUUGGAAUUAAAAAAAAUGAAUAUUCAAAAAAUGAAAAAAGAUCUUAAUCUUUAA